GUGCUGUGCUUUUCUGAAUCUCUCGUGCCCACCGUCAGGAAGGCCCUGUGCGACCCUCUGGAAGAGGUGCGAGAAGCGGCUGCCAAAACGUUCGAACAGCUGCACUCGACCAUCGGAUUCCAGGCCCUGGAAGACAUCCUCCCUUUCCUGCUAAAGCAGCUGGAAUGUGACGAAACAUCAGAGUUCGCCCUGGAUGGUCUAAAGCAGGUUAUGGCUGUGAAGAGUCGAGUUGUGUUGCCUUACUUGGUGCCAAAGCUUAUUUCCCCUCCUGUCAACACCCGAGUCCUGGCCUUCCUGUCCUCGGUUGCCGGCGAUGCUCUCACCCGGCACCUGGGUGUCAUUCUGCCCGCCAUGAUGUCCGCCCUCAAGGAGAAGCUUGGCACAAGCGAUGAACAGCAGGAGAUGCUGAACUGCCAGGCUGUCAUUCUGUCGGUAGAGGCCGAGGCCGGGCAGCGGAUCAUCAUUGAGGAUCUCUUGGAGGCAACUCGCAGCGCCGAAGUCGGACGGCGCCAAGCCGCGGCUGUCAUCCUCAACAUCUACUGCUCCAAGACCAAGGCUGACUACACAGCCCAUCUGCGCAACCUGGUCUCGGGCCUGAUCCGCCUCUUUAACGACACCAAUGCCGUGGUGCUGAACGAAAGCUGGGACGCCCUCAACGCCAUCAGCAAGAAAUUAGACGCCGGCAGCCAGCUGGCCCUCAUAGAUGACCUCCACAGGGAUAUCCGUAUCGUUGGCAACGAUGCCGCUGGAGAACACGUGCCUGGAUUCUGCAUUCCCAAGAAGGUAACAGCAGGGGGCAGACAAGGCUCCGAGCAUCAUCGUUUUAUUGUUGUGGGGAUGGUCACCCUGUUGGAUGGCUGUAGCAUGAACACUGGGGGCCAUCCCCUGAAGGGACCUUCCCGUCCCACAGCAUACUUUGUCCCAAACUUGUCCUAAAGGUGCUUUUCUUAAGGUGUGUUGUUUCUCUGGGUCGUAUAAUCUAUGGGGGUGUUUGCAUAAUUAUUUUAUUUAUUUAUUUAUUGGCCAUGUUUGGUGUAGUGUAUAUUGGAGGUGGUGACCCUUUGAGAGCUGUAUGCAACGAAAUUUCAUUUUAACCUAUGCCGAUUAGUGUACAUUUAAUGUGACAAAGUUAUUUGUUCUGCAUUCUACUCUACUCCACUCCACUCUAUUCUAUUCUAUAUUCUAUUCGA